CCACGCACGCGCUUUGUCCGGAGGAGCGUUUGAGACUGCUCUUUGACAGCUCAAACAUAGCACGACUCGCUACCGCAGCGAUGGCCGCCGAAAAAGCCGCCGACGGCGGCCCACCCAUACCGGACUGGGCCGCCGGCGACGCGGCGACGGAGGCGCCCUUCGUGCUCGAAGUGAUCAAGGACGGCGUGCCCGUCGACGAGAUACCAUUGACGGCGGCGCGCUGCCUCGUGGGUCGGGCGGCCGACGCCGUGCAGGUGCCGCUCGCGCACGCGUCCAUCAGUCGAGUGCACGCCUGCUUCCAGCGGUCGACGGACGGUUUGUUGUAUGUGGCCGACUGCGCGUCGUCGCACGGCUCGCGGCUCAACAAAGCGCCGUUGCCAGCUCUGAAAUAUGUGGAAGCGCGCGACGGCGACGUGCUGCAGUUCGGGGCUUCCACGCGUAUCUUCGCGUUACAUAAGAGAGGACGGGAGCGCGCCGAACGAGCAUUGUUAGACACGGCGACCGCGGACGCGUCCGCCACCAAACACGAUGCCACAAGAAAGGUGCGCAAGAUCCACACGGAGAAGGAGCAGCCUCCCGACGUUGCAGAGAAGAAGCAGGUCACGGCCGCGGAUUUACAUGCGACGACCUGGGGCCAGGACGACGACGCGGCUCCCGAGAAAGACGACGAGGCGCUGCCCGACUACCUGAAGAAGGACCAGGGCUUCAUGGAGUACGGGGGAGAGAUCUCGUCGACGCUCAAGACCGAGGAGAAGUCUGAAAGAGACGCGAAGCUGCACGAGCGCCUCGAGACGAAGCUCCGGAAGUUGAAUGCCGCGCGGUCCCACAACCAGCGUUUACUAACGAAGGAGGGCGGCCAGGCCGGGUUGUCGGACGGCCAACGGAAAGCUUUUGACUCCAAUGAUGAACGCAUCAAGAAGUUGACCGAUGAGAUAUCUGAUUUGGAAGAUACGAUCCGAGGAAGAAAUAAGCAAAGGGACGAGUCCCGAAGGCGGAACGAGGACGACUCCUACUUAUACGCGAAGCAGCGGGACGAGGAGCCGGAGGAGGAGGUCAUGCGCGACCUCACGACGCCGCUGGCGCGCGCGCGGACGGCCGAGGAGAAACAAGCUAGACGGAACCGGCGGUUCAUGACCGCGGCGCCGGCCGCGGCGCCGCCUCCCCCUGAUGAGGAAGAUGGUAUGACCUACGAAAUGUUAAGGGAGAAGCGGGACCGCGUCGACGCGGCGUUGGUAAAACUGCGGGAAGGCCCUUCGCUCAGUACAAGGGAGGCCGGUGAUGAUGUCCUGGACGACUUCAUGGCCGCGAACGACGAGCAGGAGGCGUCGGACGUCGCGGCGGCCGCCGCGCGUGACACGGCGGCGCUCGAGAAGGAGCGCGCGCGGCUGACCGUGCUCAUGGACUUCGCGCGGCCGGCCCUCGAGGGCCUCUCGUCGUCGAAGACGCCGGCCGCCGUCGCGCCGCCACCGGAGCCCAAUGCGCCGGAAGCGCCCGAACCGGAGGCCGCAGCUCCGACGCUGCCGCCGCCGAAGCCGCCGGCGCCGCCAAAACUUAAAGUGGCGGCGCCCAUGGCCCCGACGCUGCCGCGCGCGCCCGACCCUGAGGACGAGGAACCCUCAAAACGCCGCAAGAAGAAGAAGCGCCGCGUCAUGGGCCCGGCGCGCGGGCCCUCGUCGUCCGCCGCGACGAGCGCGCUCGAGGGCGGCGACGUGGACUGGGCGCCGCCCAUGGGGCAAGACGGGAGUGGUCGGACGGCGCUGAAUGACAAGUUCGGGUAUUAA